ACAGAUGACAGUUUGGUGCCGGUGCCGGUAAAACGUGUUAAAAAUUCCCAGUGUAUAUUCCUUGUACAAGUAACGAAAUAAUUUAUAAUAUGGAAGCUAAAGAUUUAUUGAUGGAGAAGGAAGGAGGUAUGAAGAGGGAAAUGGAUUCUGUGGACGAUUUUGAGCAUUUGGAGAGGAUCUCCCCCGUGAAUGCACGUGACAUAGAAGGGAUAAUCAAUAAAGGGGUGGCGACCGCCUCCGAUGCAGCAAACGACAUUGCCGACGUUCUAUCCACCUUCGAUCCUCUCCAAACGCAAGAAGUCUCUCCGAAAAUGGACUCCAACUUAUUAGAAAUGGGCGACGCAUUCCCAGAUCGCAAAGAAGCUGACGCUAAGUUGGACAAGUUCCUCAACGAGAUGUCCACCUACAAUAAUCCAACACCACCCAAAAAGGACGACAAUCAAGAUCUGAUCUUGAGCAGCCAGAACUUCAUGGAUCAUGAACGGCAGCAGCCAAUGCACCUGGUGCACGACGAUCUCCUGGAACACUAUUCAGAUAGUGAUCCCGAGGAUGAUUUCAAGCAUGCCGAAUCUGAUGACUUCCGUAAGAGCCAAGAGCUCCCCGAAAUCUCCUCCAAGGACACGUUCAAAGACUUCGUGGACUUGGAACCACCGAAACAGAAAGAGCCCGAGCAAGAACCCGUUAAAACCAAAGAACCGGAACCAAUUCAAGUUGAAGAACCUAAGCAAGAGGUAAUAACGAAAAUCGAACCAACUAAGGUUGAACCACCCAAAAUCGAACCACCGAAAGUCGAACCUCCCAAAGUUGAACCACCCAAAGUCGAACCACCCAAAGCUGAACCACCCAAAAUCGAGCAACCUAAAAUCGAAGAGAAGCCUGUUGAGCAAGAACCCCCGAAACCCGAACCGAUUGUCGAGAAACCGAAAACCGAAGCGCAGAAGAUUCAAAGCAAGAAGGAUGUCAUUGAGGCUGAGGCUAUGUUCUGUAAAAUGGGACUGGAUGCUUGGUUCAACCCAGAAAGGCUGAAUCCUAAAGUGGAGAGUCUCAUCUACUGGAGGGACCCGAAGAAGUCCGGCCCAAUCUUUGGAGGAGUGCUUCUGAUCCUUUUGAGUCUUAAAUUCUUCUCGCUCAUCAGCGUCGUGGCCUACGUCUCUCUCCUUGGACUUGCCGCCACUAUUUCUUUCCGUAUCUACAAGAACAUCGUCCAAGCUGUGCAAAAGACCGGCGAUGGACACCCAUUCAAGGAUUACUUGGAAACUGAUGUAGCUUUGCCGCAACAAAAGGUCGAGGAGGUUACGAAGGUAGCUGUGACCCACUUGAACGCUACCAUCGUGGAACUGCGCCGAUUAUUCUUGGUCGAAGACCUCGUCGAUUCCAUCAAGUUCGCCGUGCUGCUCUGGUGCUUCACGUACUUGGGCGCUUGGUUCAACGGCAUCACUUUAAUCAUUCUCGCUUGGGUCGCUCUCUUCUCUCUUCCCAAGGUAUACGAAACCAACAAGACACAGAUCGAUGCUAACCUUGACAUUGUCAGAUCUAAGCUGGCGGAAAUUACCUCCAAGGUAAAAGCUGCAGUGCCAAUCGGCAAGAAAUCCGAAGAAAAGAAGGAAUAAGAUUUUUUUUUUCAAAUAUUAUUAUUAAUGUAUCUUUCGUAUCAUCAGAUGGAACCUUCAAAAAAAAAAACACUCUACGAAACUAAAUGUUGCAGCAUGUUUACUUUGGUUCCAGAUUCCAUCCCAAGUAUGAAACAUACACACUCCUUAAAACAAAACAAAAAAAAAAGUCGUAAUAUUCACACCUUAUAAGAAAAUAGCCCUCUGUCAUAUUUGAAUUCCUUAAAUUUUGUACAUACAUCUAAUAAUGUUUUAAAUUCUGCCUAUCUCCCAUCUGGAAACAAAUCUUAUUUUUAUGUUUUUAU